ACUAUUCGAGUUCAUAAAAUUCAUAAAAUCUUUGUAGUCCAUGAACAGAGCCAUUUCCGGCGCGGCGGCGCACGCGCAUCAGUCUCCGCGAGAGUUCAUGUGGCUGGAACGAGCGCUGCGGGCACUUUCUCCAGGAUCUCUCAGACAAAAUGGCAGUGGAAAAGCGCUUGGCGUAUUCUAUCGUCCAGUUCCUGAGAGAUCAGACUCAUUGUGGCUCGCUGAAUUCAGAUGAACAGGAGAGUCUGGAAGUUGCAGUCCAGUGUCUGGAGACCACCUUCAAGAUCAGCUCCAGAGACUACCAUCUUGCCGCCCCUCAGCCGCUGAGAGAGAUAUUCCUCAACUCCCUCCUCAAAAAUGAUAUCGUUGCACUACCCGAGACGUUUCCAUCUCCAGAGGACAUCGAGAGAGCGGAGCAGCUGAAAAAUGAGGGCACGUCACACUUUUCCUUAAACACUUUCACAGUCAAUUCAAAUAGAAAACAAGGCAUCUGUCAUCACAUUCGCCAUUGUAAUUAUGCUCUGUGCAUCAAAUGCCUUCGUCUGUCUCUGUCAGGGAACAACCACAUGAAAGAGGAGAAUUACAGCAGUGCUCUGGACUGUUACACAAAAGCCAUCGAGCUGGACCAGAGAAAUGCGGUGUAUUACUGUAACAGGGCCGCGGCUCACAGUAAACUGGGACACUACACCGAGGCUACGGGGGACUGUGAGCGAGCCAUCGCCAUCGACCCGGCGUACAGCAAAGCCUAUGGCAGAAUGGGAUUGGCACUGACUUCCAUGAGCAAGUAUCCCGAGGCGAUCUCUUAUUUUAACAAAGCUCUGGUGUUAGAUCCUGAAAACGACACGUACAAAUCCAACCUGAAGAUAGCAGAGCAAAAACAAAGAGAGGCUUCCAGCCCUACGGCCACAGGACUGGGCUUUGACAUGGCCAGCCUCAUCAAUAACCCCGCUUUCAUUAGCAUGGCUGCCAGUGUGAUGCAAAACCAACAGGUGCAACAACUCAUGUCGGGCAUGAUGUCUAACGCAGUGGGGGGACCUGCGGCCGGAGUCGGGGGAUUAUCUGACAUAUCCAGUCUCAUCGAAGCUGGACAGCAGUUCGCGCAGCAGAUCCAGCAGCAGAAUCCAGAGCUGAUCGAACAGCUGAGGAACCACAUCCGGAGUCGCUCGUUCAGCGGCAGCGCAGAGGAACAGUCCUGAUCCCAGCAGACAGGAUGAAGAACUGAAGGAGGGCAGGAGAAGAGUCGCAGGUGCAAUCGUUUAAAUCAUUUCUUCUAUUCUACUCCGACCCAAGAUAGAGGACAUGGCACUUUAUAUGGAGGAAUCAAUCACCUUAUACACAGAGAACGUUAUCUUUAUACCCAAGUCAGGUUUCUUUGUGUUUGUGUGUGUAGAUAAUGUUUCAGUCCUCUCUUUAUGAAUGUAGCUGGUAAUGACACAUCAGAGUUGAGUUUAUUUUACUAAACGAAUGAUUGAUUGAUUUUAUUUUUGUGCCUAUUAUUAAUAUCUAAUUACAUUUUUAGGGAUGGUUCAGUCCUAAAAUGACAAUUCAGUGUUGGUAGUAACUUCGUGAGGGCGAGUAAAUGAUGACAGAAUUGUCGUUUUUGAGUGAACUAUCCCUUUAACUCAUUCUCUGAUUAUUUUUUGUUAUAUAUUCUGUUCGUUUUAGGAACAAGAGACGUUUAUGUGUAAUAUUCACUAUAUCAGCUGCUUCACCAGUCCUGUUUGUUUAGUCGUUUGAUUCAUCGGUAAUGACAGCAAAGUAUUGCUAUAAUAAGCAUAUUCAUAAUCUCACUGUGUGCAGUUUUCUUUUGCAUGCUCCAUAAUCUGACACUUGCAGUCAGAUGAGUGAUUGAAGCUUCUGUAAUAUGCUUAGAAAACAGACCAGUAUAAUGUUUUUGUCAAAAAAUAAUGUUAAUAAAUGGGUCUUGAAA